UUCAUUUGUACUGUCAUGUCACAGAAAACAAUAUCAGCAUUUUUUCACCUGCGCCAAAGCAGCCAUGUCAAAACACUAAAGCCAGCAAAGAUACCUGGUAUAAUGAUUCCAGUACUCCUGUUCACCCUUUUCGCUGGGGCCUUUGGUGCCACCGUCACCGAUGCCAACCGCUACAUUGACCAGGUGCUCGGUUACCAAAUGGCUGACCUGGUACGUCGAAACCGGCUGGAUCCACUCGCGGUGGCUCCCUACAGCACCAACCUGGGCGCGCCCGGCACGCUAAGCGCACAGAUGCGCGUCGUCAACGUCACUGGUCUGGGACUCAUCCGGCGCCAAGGCGACUGCGGCCGGCCCGGAUCAUCGGGACCCGGUCGCGUCACCGUCGGCUGCAACGUGGUCCUCAACCGCGUCGCCGUGAGCGCCACUUCCGACCUGACCUACUUGGGCGCGCAACGUCGCGUUGGCACCCGGGCCGACUUUGACACCAACCACGCGCUGGUCGAGGUGACGUCCACUCUUGGUCAGUCACCCACGGUCAACUUCAGGCUGCUCCGGCCACCCAGGCCGCGCGUCUCCUUCAGCGGACUCAGGGACUUGCCCCUGUACAGUGUCAUCCAGAAGGGCUACGAACAAGAGCUGUCUCGCGUCCUUCAGACGCAGCUCUCGGGGCCCUACCUCGCCAACCUUGGUCACGCCUGUCGGGCCGUCCCCUUCCCACGUUAGCGUCCCACGCCACCGUCCACAAAUAAAAUAAGGUCUUCUGCUAGGAAGCCUGGAUAAUUUUUUUGUGCACAUGCUUAGCUUUUACGUCGAGUUCAACAUUAUGAAAAUAGCGUAGACGACAUGCACGACGAGGCGAGGCAGACGACACUGACAGACGACACAGGCGCCAUGUGUCGCUGCACUCGGUACGGGAACGAGGUCGAGUUAGACAUCAGCCUUCAGUUUUUUUUUUUUUUCCUUAGCGCAGACCUUUUCUCUUUUAACGCCUCUUCUUGGUCAUUAAUGAAUUAUCUUAAAAGAUAAUUUUUUAUGACCUUGUACUUUCAAUAUUACUUAGCAAAAAUAUCGUUGAUUGGUAUAUAAACUUAGAAGAAGUUGCCAGCAAACUUCACGCAUGGAGAAUGACAAAGAGAACUGCUGCACUGACCUUGCUCUUCAUCUGAAGAGACAUAUUGGUUCCUUAUUGAUUAUUUACGCAGCGCAAUCAUAAGCACGCAUGUCCAAGUUGCACACAUAAAACGCUCGACGUUAGGCUAUCAAAGGCGUUUGGACGUGGAGCUGUGGUAUACCUAAAGAAUACGCGUCAGUGGUGCUUUACUGUUUUCUCAUUCGGACGUAACUUACUGGUAUUCAUAUAAAAACAGCAUAACAAUUUGCGAAACGCAAUAGUUACGUUCUCAAUUACAGGCUUUAUGAAUAUCUUAAGUUUGAGGCGAUCGUUAUGGGUCACCCAUCCUGCAGAAUUCCUUACGCAAGCACCUGCUUCGAUAUAUCCGCAGUAAAAGCAGGGCCUCGGUUUCAUUCAUUAGGUACAUGAGGCACAAAAACUGUACCCCGAAUUCCUCAUCUUGUAUUUCAUAGACACGCUAGACAGCCGGUGGUUUCUUGUUACCUAGUCUGUAGCUAAACAAAAGCGCCAGCUAGCGCAAUAAAUACACAGUUGUGAAUUUAAUAGCUGUCUUCACGAAUGCAUUUGGCGCAGCUGCUGUAAACCUUUAACGUCCCGUAUAAACUAAUACCGGAUGAUAAUUUCUAAGUUUUCCAGAAUGUUUCAAAAUCGCCUGUUACAGAUCACAGAAUUCUAGUCCUUGAGCUGGAUUAUCUAGAGAAGCUCACAUUACUUGCACGAGAAACCUAAACUAAUUUUCAACGAAUUAAAAAGAAAACCACUAGUUGAAUUCUUAAUUAAUUACAUUAUGGGACAUAUUGUAAUUUAAGAAUUGUAUAGCCGGUGAAUUUGCAACGCGUAUCCACUUGGAAUGAAUCUCCUGAGCGACACCAGUUUUGGCAUAUGCGCCAUCAAACUCGCUGUAAAAAUGCACUUUUGUAGAACGCACUUUUUAACAAAACGCUUUUUCACGCAUUGAAGCAUUGGGUGUCACGCUACUAUCUGAGCUAACCAGGGAUACUAUGCAGUGGCCGAAUCUUAUAACGGUUCGGAAGGGGAACCGUUCACUUGGCCUCACCUGAUUGGUCGAAAUUUUGCUUGCGUGAGAGGCCGUCAGAGGCAGCGGGGUGGCACCACAAAUUAUGAUCACUUCGCGCAUGUGUCAAUCAUUUUCAAAGCAAACCCGUCGUUGGCUAAGAGCGGAACCGGCGAAGGGAUAUGUCCGCUUUGGGUUCCGUUGCUGUGGCUUGACUGUUGGCUCGCGACCCUGGCCGCGAGCGCCAGUCGCGCGACCCCGGAGACACGCAGGCGUGGCGCGCGUGCGCGUUGGUUGCUUCGAAGGCUAUCACUUCCUUGUUGUCUGCUUGGUGUUGCUCAAUUUAUUUCUCAACAAUUACACCGGUUUUGUACACUGACGCGUCCCGCUACCCAGAGAGGCGGGCCAUGUGUUUAGCUGUAACUGACAAUACAGACGCGCUUAGGGUGUGUGCGACAGUUCUAACAACGCACAGCUGCUCAGCAGAGGAAGGGGCAAUAGCCCUGGCCAUUGUCCAUGCCUCGACCCUUUCCGCACAAGACACCCCCAUCACCAUAGUGACAGACUCGCAGGCUGCCUGCCGGGCCUUCGCGCAAGGACUCGUGACUGCACACACACAUCGAAUUCUCUCCUCUGUCCCCUCUCCCACGUUACACAGGGUGCGUAUCGUCUGGACUCCUGGACACGCCCCUCUCUAUGGUAAUGAACGCGUUAAUGCGGUAGCCGGAGGUCUGACUGGCCGGGCACCAUCGGAAGAGCUGUCCAACCCAGACGACGCACCGCCAGAGCCUCUACAGUACACCGAGACGCUCGAGUACUACCGGCAAAGUCGCCAUAACUAUCCCCCUCCUCAUCCUUCGCUUAAUAGGGCAGAUGCCGCUGUCUGGCGGCAACAGCAGACCAAUUCCUUUCCUUGUCUCCACAUCCUACAUAUUUUUCAUCCCACUCAUUGUCCCAUUGUCCAUUGUCCUUCCCAUUGUCCCCACUGUGGGGCCAAACCCACGGUGUAUCACUCCAUGUGGGAAUGCCCUAACCCUUCAGGUGUUCCUCCUAUACCCAACCCUGCCCUUUCCUCUUGGGAGUCUGCGCUGCUCAGCACAAGCCAGCAGGAACAGCAACGGCUGAUCCAGCGGGCUCGCGAAGUCGCGCAUGUCAAUGGAGCCCUGAACUGAGGGCCCCACUCAUCGACGAAAUUUUCUACUUGCUUUACGAAAUAAAUGUUUAUUCUCUCUC